GCCAUCUAUCAGUUGUCAGGCCAACUACCAUUAAUUUUCGCCCUCGCUUAUUUAGAUUAAAAUCCAAGUUUGAUGAUAGAUUUUGGGACAAAGUCAAGAUUUUGCUAAAAAAUUUAAUCCCUCGGCCCUUUUGCGCCCUUCGAAGAAAGUGUUGCGAAAUGGCAGCCCCUGUGGUGAUACCUGCGACUACGAAACACACUGCUACGCUUAUUUUCUUCCAUGGGCUUGGUGAUACUGGACAUGGCUGGGCCAGUUCUAUGGCCGAAGUGCGAUCUCCUCACACAAAGGUGGUGUGCCCAACUGCUCCUGUGAUGCCAGUUACUUUGAAUGCUGGGUUCAGAAUGCCGUCCUGGUUUGACUUGCGCACCUUGGAUCCAAGUGGCCCCGAAGACGAGGAGGGAAUUCGCAAAGCCGCGGAGAUGGCUCACUCGUUAAUAGCUGACGAAGUGGCAGGAGGCAUUCCGACAUCACGAAUUGUCCUUGGUGGAUUUAGUCAAGGAGGUGCAUUGGCGAUGUUCAGCGCUCUCACAUUCCCUGAGCCUUUGGCAGGUGUCAUAGCUCUGUCAGCGUGGCUGCCAUUGCAUCAAAAAUUCCCUGCGGAGGCAAUAGGCAAUAGGAAUACACCUCUGCUUCAGUGCCACGGCAACUGCGAUCCUCUUGUACCAUAUAAGUGGGGACAGAUGACCGCGUUUCUUCUGAAACAAUUCAUGACGAAGGCGGAGUUUAAGUCUUAUCAGGGAAUGAUGCACACGUCGAGCGAAGAGGAAAUGCGGGACAUCAAGAAAUUCCUCGACACCGUGCUGCAGCCCUGAAAGUUAUUGAUGCAGAAAGCAAUGAAAUAUUUUGAAGAUUUAGUUAAUUGCGAUAGAACGAAUUAAAUAAACGAUAGGUACUGUCAACUCUAACAUCCUAAUGAAUUAAUGAAUAAACAGAUAAACAAGGAAAUCAGUAGAAUAGGAAUUUCAGCUUUUAGAGUGUAUACAGUCGAAGGAUCUAACGGAGUAAUAAAUUCGGUUCGUAGAAAACAUUGCACCUUCCAUUGAGGCUUCUCAGACGGCAGUAAUCUUCGUGACAUUGUUGUGACACCAAUUACCAUGUACACUGACAGAGUAAUUAAAUAUAUUGUUGAUAUAUUUCUUAUAAUUCCGCGAUAAAAACUGUGAAACCAUCGAUCAUCAAUAAAUUCUAGCCUAUAA